GUGUCCUAGGUCACUAAUCAGUAAUUACACAAUAAAUUUUUCUGCAUCGCGAGAACCAGCUAGCUUCUGGUCACCAUCUUCAUUGCGGAAGAAGUUUUGUUUCGGUAAACAAAAAAAAAAAAAAUGCAAUCUGUAUCACUCAAGCUGGCCAAGAGGCUCUCCAAUUCUUCCAAUCCUAAUUGGAGAAUUUCAUCAAACCUCAUCGCCCACACAUCAACCACAUCUUCCUCCCCUUCUCCACCGUCACCUCCGAUCUCCGCCGCCACUAACGGCACCGCCUCCACUCUUAACAACCUCCUCACCGCUCCGUGGUCCGCUUCUCAAACCCGCGGAUUGACUUUCUCUGGAUCUGAUGUUAGAGUUGGAAAUCUCAUUGAAAAUCGAGGGCGCGCUUACGAGGUUAUUAAAUUAUACAACUCUCAUGAAGGAACAGGAAAAGCUGCUAUCAAGGUUCCACCUCACAACGUAGCUAGUUAUGCCACAGUUGCUACUACCACAGGGGAUGACAUUAAAAGGAUGGAGCGAAACAGCGGAUUGAGGAAUCAAGGCCCAAAGACAAAGAGAGAGCAACUCCUAAAAGUUACUGCAGCUGUUCCUCUUCUUUUAAUAUACCCGAACGCCUAUUCAUUGCUCGCGGCAAAUUUCUUCGUAUUCUGGCACAUAAAUGCAGGGAUCGAAGAGAUUGUGGCAGAUUACGUUCACCAUGAAAUGACCAGGGAAUUUGUCUUGAUUUCUCUCAGGUUGUUCCUGAUAAUAGCAAUUAAGGACGUUUUCUUAAAUUUUGUCUUUGUGUGAUUGGAUAGAGCUUAGGUGGUGCUGACAUUGCCUUACAAUAAGAGCUCCUUGAGGAGCAAACUUGAGAAACCUGUUGAAUAGUUUGUCCUUCUCAAACUUCGAGGCGGGGCAACAUGAUAACUUCAUAAUUUAUCAAGUUAAUGGAUGCAUUAUAUUUUGCAUGACAGAUGCUGUUGCUAAUUAUGAUUUAUACAAUAAUAAUUGUUGUGGUUGAUAA